AUCCUCUCGAAUACGCAUCUCCAACCACACGAACCCAAUUGACGAUACCACGACUCCUCGAUCAGCCAGCUGCGCUCUCGCUCGCCAAUACCUUCUACACAGAAAAAGUCCCAAGAUACCCAUGAACAAGAACUAGACUACAUCUCAAACACCAACCCCAAAAUGGCCUCCUCCCUCGCCCCGAAACCGCGGCCGAGGCCGGCGCACACAACAGGAACAACCCGUCUCGCCUACACUCCCUCAGGCGCACGCCUCGUCACCGUCGGCUCCAACAACACGAUCCGCCUCUACCGCACCCAUCACGACGGCGAGCCCUUCAACAUCGACGACUGCCCCGAGCAAAACUGUGCCGUCGCCGCCUCGGACUCCUUUUUCGUCGUUGGCUCAGAGGACGGCACCGUCAGCGUCUACUCGGUCGAGGACACUACUUUCGAACGCUUCCUUACCCGCACUUCUCUACCAGUCCGAGACGUCGCCCUAUCCCCCGACGCAAAGUGGUGUGCCGUCGCCAGCGACGAGCUCACAGUCAAGGUCGUCGAUACCCAGGAUAACUCCCGGAUCCGCGUUCUGAAGGACCACGGGCGCCCGACGAAGCAUCUCGCCUUUGAUACCAAGGGCGGACUCUUGGCGCUGGCAUGUACGGAUGGAGUCAUCUACGUCUACUCUAUGACGGCAGAGACGCCGGAGCUGAUCCGCAAGGUGGACGGCAUCAUUGGACCUCUCGACCCCGAAUCUGAGAACUCGGCCAAGAUCGUAUGGCACCCCGAUGGGCGGGCAUUUGCAGUGCCUACCCCCAUGCACGAUGUCCAGGUUGUGUCCAAGAACGACUGGGAGAAGCAGCGGACGUUUGCCAACGGGCACUUGGGUGAUGUCACCGCGGUGGCGUGGUCGCCCAACGGUGCGAUGCUGGCGACGGCGGGCAAGGACGGAAAGCUCUUGAUCUGGGAGACAAAGACACAGAGCGUGAUUCAAAAGUUUGACUACAGCAACGUCAUUGACAUAACAUGGCAUCCUAAGGAUAAUCUGCUGUCGUUCACGACAUCCGACGGCGAGGUCUACAUCUACCCCAACUUCAUCACGGAGCAAUUCUCUAGCUUCCUACAGCUGCCUCGCCAGCCCGCACCCUUUAUCCACGAUCCCCUCUCCGAGAUCUCCAACAACGCCAGGAGACCAGAUGCCAACGGCAAGGCUGCGAUCCCCAGCCGGCCUCGCCGCGAUUCCCUGGGCAGUCUAGACUCCUUCCUCAACGGCGAAGACGGCUACGAUGAUGGAGACGGCUUUGUUGUUGAUGAUGACGGCGCCGGCUACUCGACUGGGCAAAAGAGGCCUCUCGAGGGCGGCGUCGACGACGGCGACCGCGCGAGCAAGCGCCGCCAGCUCGCGCUCAACUUCCAUGAGGCCUUCCAACCUGGAUCGACCCCCUGGCGCGGAAACCGCAAGUACCUGUGCCUCAACAUGAUCGGCGUCAUCUGGACAGUCGACCAAGACGGCCACAACACUGUGACGGUAGAGUUCUACGAUCACGAGUUCCACCGCGACUUCCACUUCACAGACACGUUCCUCUACGACAAGGCCUGCUUGACGGAGCAUGGCGCCUUGUUCUCAUGUCCGCCACAAGAAAACACGCCCGCCACCAUCUUCUACCGUCCGCACGAAACGUGGACGCAGCGGACAGACUGGCGGACAGAGCUGCCCAAGGGCGAGGCUGUAGUUGCCAUGUCGUUGAGCGAGUCCUUCAUCACAGUUACCACGACCGCCAACUACGUACGCAUCUUCACCCUCUUUGGGGUGCCGUACCGGGUCUACCGGCCCAAGAGCACACCCAUGGUCACCUGCGCCAGCUGGCGUGACUAUGUCAUCACGAUGGGCAACGGAGCCGUCGGCGCAGACGGCAACGCCCGUCUCCUGUACACGAUUGAGAACAUCAAGCGGGACGAGAUCUGUCAAAACGAAGACACCGUCGCACUACCCGAUGGCGCGACGUUGCAGAGCGUCUUCUUCUCAGAUGUCGGCGAUCCUUGCAUUUAUGACUCGACAGGCACUCUGCUCACCCUGCUUCACUGGCGGAAGCCCUCGCGCGCCUGCUGGGUGCCCCUCCUUGACACAAAGCUUCUCCCGCGUCUAGCGUCGGGAAGGAAGACGGAAACCUACUGGCCCAUUGCGGUAGCCGACAAGAAGUUUCACUGCAUCAUCCUCAAGGGCGGGGACCAGUACCCCUAUUUCCCGCGACCGCUGCUGUCCGAGUUUGACUUCUCCGUGCCCCUCACCUCCGCUCCGGCGCCGGCUUCGGACGCGGAGGGUGCGGAGGGUGAGAACGCAGACGACGAGGAAGACGAGGGCCGUCGCGAAUCGCGCAAGCUGGAGCAGAAGCUGCUGAUUUCCGGCAUCCACUCGGCCCAGCUGCACGACCUCAUUGACCACACCGACGCCACGCACUCGCAGAGGACGGGUCUUGCGCGGCUGGAGCUCGAGCUCGACAAGACGCUGCUGCAGAUGCUGGCCAUUGAGUGUCGCGAAGGCGAGGAGCGCGGCAUGCGGGCGCUGGAGCUGGUGGGUCUGAUGCGCGAUCGGACGGGCCGUAUGGUUGAGGCGGCGGGUAAGGUUGCGGAGCGGUACGGACGGUCGAUCCUGGGCGACAAGAUCCGCGAGAUCGGAGAGCGGAGAGUCAGCGGGAUGGAUGUCGACGAUGGCGACUUUUAGACUUGCCCAUCCAUGGCUUGGAUGGUCACCUCGGGAAGGGGGCUAACCCCCGUCACUCCCCAUGUCGGGAAUUGGGUUUCAUGGUUGUUUGGAUGGGUCCUUCCCGUCAGUAUAAGGAAAGGCGUUUGGAUGAUGAUACGAUAGUGACUACUUCAAGUUCUGCGUUUGUCUUUUUUUUUUUCUUCAAUACGCAGACGUGAAAUGAAUGACUAGCUAAUACAGAGGCGGUAUCCGUACGGAUUGAGGUUCUUUUUUUUGCUUUUGGGAGAGUCAUCGUCGUCCAUUUCGUGUUCCUUGUAAAAUGUUUAAAAUAUGGAGUCGGGACAGAGAGUCAUGAAUAAUACGAGGAAUAAGCACGUCGUGUUCUCCGCAAGGAAACAACAUAUCACAGGGGCAAAGGGCGGAGAUCUGUCCGUGUCGUCGUUUUUGUGUGUGUGUGUGUGUGUGUGUGUGUGUGUGUGUGUGUG